AGAUGUCCCGCUGCGAAACAUAAAGGCGACACGCAGUUCUCUGUCGUCCUCCUCCCUCCUGUUUUGGUCCCUUGUAGUUUCGCAUGAUGGAUCUCCCCAUUCCUUCUGGAACGGUUUGCUACUGAAUAAGCUCGUCCGGCUGAUCGAAUCCUGGCCGUCCGAUGGCGUCGACGUGCAGAGAUCGUACGGCGGAGUUCCGGUCGCUGUCGCAGACGUUGAAGAAGAUCGGAGCGGUCUCGACCGCUCAUCAAACUGAACAUGAUCCUGCAUCCUCCAAACAUGGCUCUUCAAGAUCCGAAUUCAACCGGAAAGCUUCUCGGAUCGGGUUAGGUAUCCACGAAACGUCUCAGAAGAUCGCCAGGCUCGCCAAAUUGGCAAAGCAAUCGUCAAUGUUCAAUGACCGGACUGUGGAAAUACAGGAGUUGACUGCGUUGAUAAGGAACGAUAUCACGGGACUGAAUAUGGGGCUGUCUGAUCUGCAAACCCUUCAAAACAUGGAGAUCGCUGAUGGGAACUAUUCAGAGGACAGGGCUGGCCAUUCCACAGCUGUUUGUGAUGACUUGAAAACCAGACUCAUGGGUGCUACUAAGCAGCUUCAAGAUGUAUUGACUACGAGAUCUGAGAACAUCAAAGCUCAUGAAAGUCGGAAACAAAUAUUUUCUACGAAAAAUGCAUCGAGAGAUAGUACUCCUCCUCAGCAUAAUGUAAAAACUUUGACCGAGCCUCCUCCUUGGUCAAGCCCAUCAAAUCCAUCCAACGACUUUCAACCAUCGAUCAGAUCACCGCCAAACAAUGGAGCAGCUCCUAUCAACCAUCUGAGACGAAGACCCGUCAUAGACAAUGCUUCUUCCAACCAAAUGGAGAUGUCCAUGUUACAGCAGACAGUCCCGAGGCAGGAGAGCUAUGCCCAAAGCCGAGCCACCGCACUUCACAGCGUAGAAUCCACCAUAACUGAGCUGAGUGGUAUCUUCACCCAUCUGGCCACCAUGGUCACACAACAGGGAGAACUAGCUAUCAGAAUCGAUGACAAUAUGGACGAGUCGUUAGCUAACGUGGACGGAGCUCAUAGCUCUCUUCUGAGGCACCUUAACCGGAUUUCUUCGAACCGGUGGCUCAUGAUCAAGAUAUUUGCUGUUGUGAUCUUGUUCCUUGUUGUUUUCAUCUUCUUGGUGGCAUGACAUGAGAUCAGACACAAAGUAUAGCUUUGAGGCCCUCUUUGCUCUGGCAUGGUGGUGGAAUGCAAUGUAUUAUAGAUUGAUAUAGUUAGAACUAUAUUCUAUAAUAAUUCAAUUGAGACCUUUUUUGGUACACGAAUAUUCAAUAUUAUUUUUUUAAAUCCA